AUGACGCGAUUCAACGAUUGCCUUCAGAUGGUCAACCAGGAGGUGGAAAUGGAGAAGGAGAACGCCGACCUCUUCGUCCUGAGGGCUCGUCUCUUUGAACACUUUGGGAAGGAAAGGAAGAAGAAAUUUGAGAAGGAUGGGGAGAAGUUUUACUCCAUGCUGGACCGCCACCUGCAUUUAUCUUCCAAGAAAAAGGAGUCUCAACUUCAAGAGGCUGAUUUGCUGGUUGAUAAAGAGCGACAUGUUUUUUUUGAAUCUUCCCUGGAAUAUGUUUAUCAAAUCCAAGAAGUGCAGGAGAGCAAGAAAUUCAGUAUUGUGGAGCCUGUGCAAAAUGCCAGUAAUUUGUUGAUCAAACCUCUUGAAAAAUUCCGUAAGGAGCAAAUUGGAUUCACCAAAACAAGGAAUCAUUUCAACAGUACGCGUGAAGAGCUGGAAGACCUCAAGAAAAGAAUGAAAGAAGCCCCACUGACUUGCAAAUUACCUGGCAAACCAACCAUUGAGGGAUACCUCUAUUCACAAGAAAAAUGUAAGAGGCAGACUUAAUUUUUGGAACGAGGUUAUACAGAGUGGGAUCCUGAAAGAGAAGAAACACUCCUUGUGGCUAUGGCUAAAACAGCCCUUUGAUUGAAGAUCCUGGAAAUAAGUGAGCUUUGCUCUUCAGCUUGCGUCCUUGUAGACAAAUGAAGAUCCACUGAUCUUACCAGAAUUCACCUUUUGAUCAAGUCUUGACCUAAAAUUAAUUGAAAUGACGAUGAAAGAUCAGGGGUGGGGAGGCUAAAACAAUUGUAAAUGAACCUGGGAGGUUGGGGCCUUCACUUGCCCAAUUCAAUCCUUCAAGCCAUGAUGAUGACAUCAAAUGGCGCCUUGCAGGAAUGUGAGAUAAUUAAUGGCAUCACAAGGUUUGAGCUAUUCUUGGGUCUCUUAAGCCAAGCUGAUCACUGUGGAAUCCCCAUAACAGACCCUUUAAAGCAGCUCCUCAGAGAGACCACUUUAUAGCAAGACCAUUAAUAGAUAUGUGUGGGAGUUUCAGUUUUGUUCUGUGUAUAAGUCUGAGGCUACACUCGUAUUCAUGUGAAGUAUUCAUAUGAGUUGACUAGAAAAACUCAAGACAGAUGAAUCUAGAAAUGCUGCUCUGUGAGCUAUAUAUAACUGCGCUCAUCUUUGCAGAAAGAGUUCCCAGGAUCAUAACUUG